GGAAUGGAAUUGUCAGUGAUUGUGCCCUGUCAACACAGUGACCACCCGGACAGGAACGAGCACUACCCCAUAUAGUAAGAACAAGAAGAGAGGGAUGCUGCUAUUCUUCGUGAGAAGGAGAGGAUGGAGAAGAGAGAGUUGAUUAAACAGGCAAAGAAGUUAGCUCUGUUGGAAGAGGCGGCGGCCAAGAAGAGGCAGACGGAAGAGGAGUUGGAGAAAUGGAAGAAGGAACACGAAGAGAAGCUGGCCGCAGUCAAGCCCGAAGUAGAGGGAGAAGAGGAGGAAGUGGAGGCAGAGGCCUUGGUGAGAAGAAGGGGGGAGGCAAGUUCCAGUAGUGCUCCACCAGAGGAGGUGGAGAAGGUAAUUAAGGAAUGGGUAGCUACUUUAUCCCUGGGGGAAGAUAAAGAGGCAGAGCUGAUGGUACCCCAGGCGGAGAGGGAAGCGGUGACAGAGAGCUGGAAGAAGAGAGUGAUCCUUUGCGGCGACAAGCAAAGGAGCAAGAGAAGGAACUGGAGUGGAAAUUGCACCUAGCACAGGAGAGAACAAGGCGCUUGGAGGUGGCAGAGAGGGUGGAGCAGGAGUUGAAGGCAGCGGCCGCCCAGCGA